AUGGCUUGUUUUCAAGGUAAGUUUCUCAUCUCGGGCAAUUCAAUUCAAAAGGAUAUAGAAGCUCUUAGCAAGAAGGAAAGGAUGCCAGUUGCUAUUGAAUGCGGUCUUACAGACUUGCCAAUCUUUCAAAAGACGGUAGACGGAGUUCCGGCUUUGGAUCGUUCAACCCUUGGUUCUCUUUCAGAUCCUUCGUUGGCUUAUUCGAAGGCUAGACAGAGAAUACACACCGGAGUGACUUACUAUAGGGCAGUGGAUAAUGACCUUCGAUUUCACUUGGUUUUGAUUCAAGAAUUGGUAAAAGGUGGGGAAGGAAUUGAACCUUCUGCUAAUAAGGAGUCUGGGCAAUUAUCAUCGCGCCUUCCACCUCCUUGGAAUAGGAAACCGAAAGAAGGCAAGAAAGAUUCCAAUCCAAAGAAUCUCUUGUCCAGGAUGCUUGGGGUCCUACGAGUGGCGAUAUUGUAUCUCUAG